AUGAGCCAUAUCCAGAUUUCCUUUGUUCAUGGUAGCAGCUUUGGGGCGGGGCGAAGAGCUUUAUGGAUGGAUUUGGUGGCUGAUACUCCUCAAACUCCUACUCCUUGGACUGUUAUUGGUGACUUUAAUGCAUGCCUUCAAUCUCAUGAGAAACGUGGCCCAGGAAAUUUCAGUUUGGGGUCGGCAGCAGAAUUUGGAGCCAUGGUUGACGCAUGUCUUCUAUCUCAGGUGCCCUCGAUGGGCAGGAAAUUCACCUGGACAAACAAUCGAUGCCGAGGUAAUGUCUGUGCUGUUUUGGAUAGAGGUUUUUGUAACGAAGAAUGGAUAUCCUUUUUUCAGGACUGUUCUCAACAGGUCCUUCCUCGGUUUGCCUCUGACCAUUCCCCUCUGCUUGUGGUCUCAAGUAGCAGCCAGCGCCCUCCAAAUUGCCCCUUUCGAUUUAAUAAUUUUUGGACGGAUCAUGAGGACUUCGAUAGGGUUGUAGCUGAAUCCUGGGCGGAGUGGGUUCCAGGGUCACCUAUUUUAUCCCUAAUGUCUAAACUCAAGCGGCUCAAAGGGGCGUUAAAAGGUUGGGCGAAACAGACCUUUCCCCAUUUUGAAACGGAUCUCGAUGAGGCAAAGAAAAAUCUCAACCACGUGCAGGAGGAGAUUGACAGUAAUGGGUUGUCGGAUCAACUGUUCCGAAUGGAGGCUGAUGCUAAAACGGCUCUUCUCAAGGCGCAAGAGAACCAUGAAAAGCUUUGGGCAGAAAAGGCGAGACUCAGGUGGUUGACUUAUGGGGACAGAAAUUCUAAGUUUUUCCAUCUAUCUGCUAAAAUGCGAAGAAAUAGAAAUACUAUCCGAUCCCUCAAAAAACAGGAUGGGUCAAUUGUGGAAGGGCAAACUAAUUUGGGUGAGUAUAUUGUGGAAUUCUAUGAGGGAUUUCACAAAAAUGCUCCAACAGUCGAUCAUCUUGAUCUUUUGGACAGCAUUCCGAGGGUUCUCCAACAAGUAGACAUAUUUCAUCUAGACUCUCUUCCUGGUAAUGCAGAGAUCAUGAAGGCGGUCUGGGCGCUUGAUCCUGAAAGCUCGCCUGGCCCAGACGGCUUCUCUGGAAAAUUUUUCAGGAAGUGUUGGAGCAUUGUGGAAGGUGAUGUUUGUAAUGCGGUGAAAGCCUUCUUCAGGACUAGUCGUAUGCCUAAAGGUGUUAACAAUACUUUCCUAAUUCUGAUCCCUAAAGUGGACGGAGCUGAGACUCUGGACAAGUAUCGACCAUUGUGUAUGAGCAAUUUUUUCUGCAAAAUAAUUUCUAAGGUGUUGGCUAUGCGCUUAGAGAGAUUUCUCCCCCAGGCUCAUUUCGGAAGAACAGGGAGCUUUUCAAAAAGGGAAGCUGAUCCAUGA